AUGGCCUUCCGUCAAGUGUUAAAGACGCAAACGCGUCAAAUGAGCUCCAGCAGCUCGCGUAAAUUCUUUGUCGGUGGCAACUGGAAAUGCAACGGCUCGCUGGGCCAAGCCCAGGAACUUGUGAACAUGCUCAACACGGCUAAGAUUCCUGCUAAUGUGGAGGUGGUUGUGGCUCCAUCGCAGGUGCACGCCGCCACCGUCAAGGCCACGCUGCGCACUGAUGUGCGUGUCAGUGGUCAGGACGUGUGGAAACAGGGCAACGGUGCCUUCACGGGCGAGACCUCGGCCGAAAUGCUUAAGGACUUGGGUGCCGAAUACACGCUUGUGGGCCAUAGCGAGCGUCGUGAGAACGGUGAGAACAAUGAGGUCGUAGCCAAGAAAGCUGCCUAUGCACUUGAGAAGGGACUUGGCGUCAUUGCCUGCAUUGGUGAGACUAAGGAACACCGCGAGUCGAACCAGACGGUAGCUUAUAUCACAGAGCAGCUCGACGCCUACGCCGCCGAGAUUAACGACUGGACGAAUGUCGUUAUUGCCUACGAACCUAUCUGGGCCAUCGGCACAGGCCUCACGGCCUCACCUGAGCAGGCACAAGAGGUUCACGCUAGUAUUCGAGCUUGGCUUAAGGAGAAGAUUUCCGUCGAUGCUGCUGAAAAGACUCGCAUCAUUUACGGCGGAUCGGUAGGCGCCAAGAACGCCCCUGAACUUUCCCAGAAGAAGGAUAUUGACGGCUUCCUUGUUGGCGGUGCUUCAUUGAAGCCCGACUUCCUAAACAUCAUCAACGCCCAGAACCCGAGGGACAACGUUGGUGGUGCUGUGAACGUUGCCAUCAACGGCUUCGGUCGUAUCGGCCGUCUGGUGCUGCGCGCUGCUGCCACGAACCCGCUUAUUAACAUUGUGGCUAUCAAUGACCCGUUCAUCUCGACGACCUACAUGGAGUACAUGCUUGAGUACGAUACGGUCCACGGCCGCUUCGACGGUAAGAUCUCGCACGACGAAAAGCAUAUUUUUGUGAACGGUAAACCCAUCCGUGUGUUUAACGAGAUGAACCCGGCCAACAUUAAGUGGGGUGAGGAACAGGUGCAGUACGUCGUCGAGUCUACUGGUGCCUUUACGUCCAUCGACGCUGCUUCGGUGCACUUGAAGAACGGUGUGGAAAAGGUUGUGAUCUCGGCUCCGUCCGGCGAUGCGCCGAUGUUCGUGAUGGGCGUCAACCAUGAGCUGUACGAGAAGAAUAUGCACGUGGUGUCGAAUGCUUCGUGCACGACAAACUGUCUGGCGCCUUUGGCCAAGGUGGUGAAUGACAAGUUCGGCAUCAAGGAGGGUCUGAUGACGACGGUGCACGCCGUGACUGCGACGCAGAAGACGGUGGACGGUCCGUCGAGCAAGGACUGGCGUGGUGGCCGUGGUGCUUGCUUCAACAUCAUCCCGAGCUCUACUGGUGCUGCCAAGGCUGUGGGCAAGGUGAUUCCUAGCCUGAACGGCAAGCUGACUGGCAUGUCGUUCCGUGUGCCUACGGCUGAUGUGUCUGUGGUGGAUCUGACUGCUCGUCUGGUAAACCCUGCGUCGUAUGACGAGAUCAAGGCUGCAAUCAAGUCGGCCUCUGAGAACGAAAUGAAGGGCAUUCUCGGAUACACUGAGAAGGCUGUUGUAUCGAGCGACUUUAUUGGCGACUCGCGCUCAUCGAUCUUUGAUGCGGAGGCUGGUAUUGCCCUAACGGACGACUUUGUGAAGCUUGUGUCGUGGUACGACAACGAGUGGGGCUACAGCUCGCGUGUGUUGGAUCUGAUUGAGCACAUGGUCAAGAACGAGUAA